AUGACGAUCUUCAUCGCGUCCCUCUUCCUCCCAUACACCGUCAACUUUCAAGUAGAUCAGUCGCAAGAACGUCCGGUAGAACCCACUCCCCCAAAUGCGGGCGCAGCGAUCAACGACACGGUGACGCCGUUGCCUGCAGCGGCCAGUCUCUUCGAAAAGAACAACCCCACCUCGCACCCUGCGCUCACGCCCGGCGCCACCACCGAUCAUGAGAGAAUCUUUGCGAAUAGCGUGCACAAGGCGGAGAGUGAACGUUCUGGAUACCCAUUUCCCUCCUCUGCGGCCGAGGCCCAGCUGCUGACCGAAAGUGAAGCGCAUUCUCCAGCCUGGGGGGCCACCACCUCGCUGAAUCAGCCACCCAAGGCGUCCACGCUCAUCCCCCCUUCGCCCUCCAUCCUGAAGCACCAGGAUCCCAUCAUCUCCCCCCACGAGAAGUCCGUGCCCACCAAGCCGUCGGUGUCGGCCCCCGUCCCUCCGCUCGGUGCCAAGAAGCCCAGGCCCGGGGAGCGCAAGAUUUCCUUCUCGAGAGCCGAGUGGUCCAUCGAGACGGCGGAGCAAGGGAACGGUGGUCUGCGCAAUGCGGUACGAUCCGCCAGGGACACAGGUUCCCUGCAGGAUAUGAUGUGGGUGGGCACGUUGGGCAUGCCUACCGAUGCGCUGAGCAAGUGGACGCGCAACGAUAUUGCCGAGCGUCUGGAGGAUGAGUACAACUCCCUGACGGUCUUUGUGAACGAUAGUGAUUUCGAUGGCCACUACACUCACUUCUGCAAGACCAUUCUGUGGCCCGUCUUCCACUACCAGAUUCCCGACAAUCCCAAGAGCAAGGCGUACGAGGAUCAUUCGUGGAUCUAUUACGUCAAGCUCAACCAGGCCUUUGCAGAUCGCAUUGCGAAGAAUUGGAAACGGGGAGAUUCGAUCUGGGUCCAGGACUAUCACCUGUUGCUGGUCCCGGCCAUGCUUCGGAAGAUGCUGCCCGAUGCGCAGAUCGGAUUCUUCCUGCACAUCGCCUUCCCUUCGUCGGAAGUGUUCAAGUGCUUGGCCCCUCGCAAGGAGUUGUUAGAUGGGAUCCUGGGCGCCAAUCUGAUUGGAUUCCAGACGGACGAGUACUGCCGUCACUUUUUGCAAACCUGCAGCCGAAUCUUGUGCGUGGAAGCCACCAACGAGGGCAUUCAAAUGGAAGAUCGGUUCAUCAACGUCGGCACCUUCCCAAUUGGGAUUGACCCGACCUCGUGGGACAAGCGUCGCAAGGCCUUCGACGUCGAGUCCUGGGUGGAUACCAUCUCCGAGCGCUAUCGUGGGAAGCGAUUGAUUGUCUCGCGCGACAAGAUCGACUCGGUGCGAGGAAUUCGUCAGAAGCUAUUGAGUUACGAGCUCUUUCUCAACACGUACCCUGACUGGGCGGACAAGGUAGUCCUCAUCCAGGUCGCAACCAGUACCACUGAGCAGCCUGAGCUGGAGGCUAUGAUUUCUGACAUUGCCAUGCGCAUCAACUCGACGCAUUCGACAUUGGCUCAUCAGCCUCUUGUCUUCUUGAAGCAGGACCUGGCAUUCCCCCAAUACCUGGCGCUCAUUACCGUCGCCGAUGCCCUGAUGGUCACCAGUUUACGCGAGGGGAUGAACUUGACCAGCCACGAGUUCGUCUACUGCCAAGAUGGAAGCUACGGUGACAAGAAGUACGGGUCUCUCAUCCUGAGUGAAUUCACCGGAAGCGCCUCCGUCUUUGGGAACCAUGCGCUUUUGGUCAACCCUUGGGACUACCGACAAUGCUCCGAAGCCAUUCACACCGCGCUGACCAGAGACGAGGCCAAGCGCAAGGAAGUGUGGGAGGCGCUGCACAGGGCGGUGCUUCAGAAUUCGACUGCCAACUGGGUCAAGUCCUUUAAUGAGACCCUGACCAACGUUUGGAAUGAACAGUCGUCCCGCGAGAUCAUGGCGGUUCCACGGCUCUCUGUGCCUCGCCUGAUUGAACAGUACAAGGCUUCCAAACGGCGACUCAUGAUUGUGGACUACGAAGGAACUCUGGCUUCUUGGGGCUCCCCGCGCAGCAUCAUUUUGACCACCCCGCAGCGUGCCAUCACUACACUCACCGACCUGACGGACGACCCCAACAAUGUUGUCUACGUGAUGAGCUCUCGCAUGCCCGAAGAGAUGGAGCGCCUCUUCCGCCAAGUGAACAACCUUGGCCUCAUUGCCGAAAAUGGCUGUUUCACCCGUGAGCCCAAUGGUGAGCAGUGGACGCACCUCGCCGACAAGGAUCAUGUGCAAACCUGGAAGUCUUCGGUGUCUCAAAUCCUGUCCUACUUCAAGGAUCGUGUUGAAGGCAGUUGGAUCGAGGAGCGUCAUUGCUCGCUCGUCUUCCACUACGGCUCUGCCGAGGACCGCCAGACUGCGGCACGACUCGCAGCGGAGUGUGCGGACCACAUUAACGAUGCCUGCAAGACCCAACAGGUUCACGCCAUCCCCAUCGAGGGUGCACUGAUCGUCGAAACUGCGGGUACCAACAAGGCAUCUGCCGCGGAGCUCGUGUGGCGCUGGUGCUUGGAGGAUUCAGAGAAGAAGGAGGGGACCAGCAAGCCUGACUUUUGCUGGUCGUGGACAGCCAAGGGCGUCGAUUUUGCGAUGACGGUCACACUGGGAUCGCGCAGUACCGAGGCCAAGGCGACAUUGACUCAGGGAGUCACUGGUGUCCUUUCCUGUCUGCAGCAAUUGGCAGCAUCAUCUGUCAAGUCGGGUCCAGUCUCAUGA